CCCCCCUCCCCUCGCCAGGGUGAGCGUCCUCUCAGCCCCAAACCGCCAUACACCCGCUCACGCCACCAAUCACAGGACAGCCUGCUCCUCUCUAGCUCCUCUGACAGGCAUUGCCCAAAUGUAGCCAGUUCUCUCCUAUCCAUGUGGAAUGGUUCCUCUUCCUAUGGGGAGCCUGCACACAGUCCUCCUCAGGGCCACAGUGGGGCGGCCAGCAUGCCCUCCAGCCCUCGCCUAGGUCGCAGGUUCUAUGCCCAGGGCCGGAACGGGGACAAUGGUAUGGACUCUGCGCCACGUCAGAGGAAGUACUCUACAGGGUCACUCAACGGCCUGGGCUCUACCCACAGCCGCUCUCUACCCCGCCUCCACCGGUCGGCAGACUCCACAGCCCUGUCCCUGCCCCCACGCCGCUCCAUGGGCUCCCACAGAGGGGAGAAGGGUUCUGUGUCCCUGUCCUCCAAAACGAGGAGCAGCCUGUCUCCUCUGGAGCGGCCGCCAGACGUAACAGUGCUAGCAACAGCCAGCGUACCGGGUACUCCCCGCAGGGCCAGCCUGGCCUCUCUGGCCUCGCUGGGCUGUGAACUGGAGCAUGGGGGCCUGCGGGGCUCCUCACCCUGCCUGGACCUGGGCUUGGGGGAGAGGAGGCAGUCCUUUGGGAAGGGUGGGCUGGGGCUGAGAUCAAGAAGAGGCAGCAUCAGCUCUCUGAAUGGGAAGGAGGAGCUUACAGACUACCACAAGCACCAGAGAGACGAGAGGCUCAGAGAACAGGAGGUGCAGAGACUGGAGCACCAGCGGCUGGAGACCAUCCUGAGCCUGUGUACUGAGCUGGUCCAGGACCAGGGCGGCUCGGCCAUCUCCGACCUGCAGAAGAUCAACAAGGAGCUGGAGAAGCUGCAGGAGUCUGAUGAUGAGUCAGUGUUCUCCAACUCCCCCGGCAGCGUCAUUGGCACCGCCUCGGAGAACGGCUUUGGCACCAAAGCCCGGGAGUACCAGCUGGCUGAGGUGCGGCAGGUCCGCCAGCGCCGCCACAGUGGGCACAGAGAAGCCAGGGAUGCCAGGGCCCAGUCACCUGCUGUCAGCCUGCGCAGCAUUGUCCCCUCACCCUCCCCUCACCUCAGAGCCAGGGGGCAGGCUACGGAGGACGUGCACCUGAAACAGGAAGUAACACGUAUCGAGGAAGAGAGGAUCCAGGUGCUGAACAACAUAGAGGAGUUGGAGCAGAAGAUCAAAGACCUGGACAACCAGAUGGAGGAAUCCAUCCGAGAGAUGGAGGUGGAGCGGGCUCUGCUGGAGGGAGAGCAGGACUCUGAGAUGGCCCUGCUACAUAGGGAGAAGGAGGUACUGGACCAACUCAAUGAGAAGAUUGGCAGCAUUGACAAGACUGUCCUCACAGACAAGUCCCAGGAUGUUGAGGUGCUGGUGGUGGAGAGGAAGCGUAAUGAGGACCUGGAGUUCCAGCAGCUGGAAAGAGCGAGUGGUCAGGACGAGGGGAAGGAGGGUCAGACCCAGCAACUACUCAGAGAGAUAGCAGAUUACCAGCGUAGUACUGUCACACGCAAGGAGAGACUCCUGACCCUGAAGAAGCAGUCUACACAGAUUACUCAGCAGUCUCAGCGAGAGAAGGACAGCUUCCUAAAAGAGAAGAACAACCUGCUCCUGAUGCUUCAGAGGGAGAGGGAGAACCUGGCUUCUCUGGAGAGGAAGUAUGCUGAACUGACUGGAGGGCAGGCCUUCCCAAACAACCCUGUUGCCAUGAAGGAGCACUUCCGCUUUCUAGAGGAGAGGAGGCGGGGCAGUAAGGAGAACACCUCCCACCUCAAUGACACUCUGCCACGUAAGAAGAGCCAGCAGGCCCUCAGUCACUACAGCAGCUCCACCCUGGGCCGCAGCCUGUCCCCUAAGUCCCACCUGCCUCUUUCCCAGAGCUCCAGCUGUGGUAGUAUCAUCCCCCGGGGCCUCUCUAUCUCUCCCAGAGUUCUGGAAACUCGACGCCUGCUCAAGGGCAAUAGCCACCUGUACAUGAGUGAGAACAGACAGAGACUGGUUGACCUGUGUAGCAGGACCGUGUCUGAGUCCAAUGUCUUCCUGGACCCCUUCCACUACGCAGACAAUGGCCAUGGCUUUGACACACGCAGUAUGGACAGCUCGGACAGCAUGGAGACCAGCAUCUCUGCCUGCUCCCCAGACAACAUCUCCAGUGCCAGCACAUCCAACGUAGGAAAGAUUAAGGAGAUGGAACGCUUGUUACGAGAAGCCCAGGCUGACAAGCAUCGACUCCUUGAGCACAAGGAGCGUGAGAUGGAGGUGCGUAAGCAGGCCCUGGAGGAGGAGCGGAGGAGGAGGGAGGACCUGGAGAAGAGACUGCAGGAGGAGACCAGCAGGAGGCAGAAAAUGAUCGAGAGGGAGGUGAAGUUACGCGAGAAACAGAGGGCACAGGCCCGGCCGCUGACACGCUACCUCCCUCAGAGGAAGGAUGACUUUGACCUCCAUGGUCACAUCGAGGCAGCUGGACACAACCCAGACAACUGCUACCACCUGGCCAUCACAAAUAAAACCUGCAGAGGGUUCCUGGUCAAGAUGGGUGGUAAGAUCAAGACCUGGAAAAAACGCUGGUUUGUCUUCGACCGGAACCGCAAGACCCUGGCCUACUACGCAGACAAACAUGAGGUCAAGAUGAAAGGGGUCAUAUACUUCCAAGCUAUAGAAGAGGUUUACUAUGACCAUUUAAAGAAUGCACACAAGAGCCCCAACCCAUGUCUGACGUUUAGUGUGAAGACCCAUGACAGGGUGUACUACAUGGUGUCUCCCUCCCCUGAGGCUAUGCGCAUCUGGAUGGACGUCAUCGUUACAGGGGCGGAGGGAUACAUGCAAUUCAUGGUCUAAACCAGUGGCGGCUGGUGAUUGGCUGAAUGCCCGGGACGCGAGGUGGUUGGAGUUGUCAACAAAGCAGCAUGACAUAUGAUGCCAAGUUUUCGAGCUACUGGUAGUUUAUUUGAGAAGAUUAUAUAAAGCGAUCUGUGCAUUUGAACAACCGCAUAAAUGACCACUGCUGCACAUGCUGCCACUGUUUUGAACAGAUUAGAUUAUACUAUUUAGAAUGAGAAGCAGGUCACGAACGAACAAGAACGUAACAAGCAUGCAGAUGCAGUAAGUGAAAACACAUUAUCUAACUGGGGUAAUAUAGCUAAUAUACUGUCACAAAGCAUGAUGCGCUAGCCAGUUCAUUCUGAAUAUUUUCCAUAUUUCCCGAGUUGGAUAUUUAGAAGAUCCCAGAUCCCCAAUGAGAAAGUUCUAGCUAGUAUAUCCCUCUGUCUUUCAACACUUGUUGGAUGUAGAUGUCAGGUCCCAGGCUCCAAUGACUGCUAUGUUUAUUUAUUUACAAGUUAAUUACAAUUAGAUUGUUGCUUUGGCGCCAUCUGUACCUGAUAGAGCACACAUCUGUACCUGAUCUGGCGCAAGAGAGCAUGCAUUUGAGUGCCCCAGGACAGUCCAUUAACUUUGUACUGUUAUAAUUUAUGCUAAGAAAUCCUGCGAUUUCAUUGGGGCAGUUCUCCCUCAUAGCAAAUAGCUGGCAAAACAAUAUAAGCAAUGUUUGCAUGGCAUAUGCACCCGCGAGGGACAGAGUAGUAAGUAACUGAACAGCUGGCUUUUUUUAUUUUUAAAUAGGAACAUGUACACAUUUACUGCACUUUUAUGAGCAUUUAAAACAUAAUUCAUGAAUUAUAUAAUAUAUACUGUAUAUUUUUUUUAUACAAAUAUUUUUGUUGACCAAUCAUAAUUGGGGCACUGCUACUGGUCUAAACAACCCCCCCAUCCUGACCACAGACUCUCAGAUGACUAACAAACAGGGAAUAUACUCUCCUCCAGUCCCAUCGGUGCCUCAAAGACAAAACAAGUUGACUGGUCAGGUUAGAGAACCUCUGUGACCCUUCUGGUUAUUCGCUUUGUAACCACUUUUAUGUCCGUCUUACUUCAGUGAGCCCAGCUCUCUCCUCCUCUUCCAGAUUCUGCUGAUGUAAUGGUCAUCUGAUACUUCUCAGUCUAGCAGGGAAGGACUUCCUCUGGAGGAGUGUGUGCCCAGUGCCGCUUGUUCAUUCGGAAAGGACUUACUCAGACGAUUCUGAUACUUAUCGCUUUAUGUUUGGAGAGGAGCCUUUUGGCACCUUAACAUGAUAUUUCAGGACUGUUAAUGACCCAGAGUCUAUGUCUGAGGUGUAUUAUGUAGUCGGGCUCACAGUGUACUAGAGAUUACUGCCCAUUCAGGACAAGAUACUACUCUUCCAUUGUGGCGUAGUGAGAUUACACAUCGAAUCCUUUAAAGUAGUAUAUAUUAUUCAGUAGAAUCAUAGGAUUGAGGCUGCCAUUGGAUAUAUUAUUAUAAUACAUGCCAUUUCACAGACGCUUUUAUCCAAAGUGAUUUACUGUCAUGCAUGCAUGUAUUUUACGUACGGGUAGUCUGGGAAUCAACCCCAUUACCCUGGCGUUGCAAGGCCCAUGCACUACCAAUUGAGCUAACGCCUCUACUUCUCUGGGUUGAGAAGAGGACCAGGGCCUGGUUUCCCAAAAGCAUCUUAAGGCUCAAUGGUUCUAAAGAUGAAUUUAGCCUUAAGAUGCAUUUGGGAAACCGGGACCAGAUUGAUUUAAGGAACACAAGCUGUCCCAUCCUUUUCAUCAUCCAAAUUGAGCUGGCUGUUGAUUGGUCAACCAAAGCUCUCCCUCUGUUUUCCUUCCAGCUGGACAGUCUCUUUUUUCCCUCAAACACUCCCUCUUUCUCCGGGGCCAAACCCUCCUGAGACUGUCUAGCAUCUGCACAGACUGAGAGGACAAUAUGUCCCUCCAGUGGAAAACCCAAGGUGAUGCACACCACCGAUGUGUGUCCUUUGUAUCCUGCUGUUGCUUAGGAACGUGGAGAUAACAGGGGAAACCCUGAAACAUCAGGGACUUGAAGGAUUUGAAAGUACCUCUCUCAGCAUUAUGUACCAAAGACGUACCAUGUCUGUAUUUAAUAUAGAAAUCAUGGAAAUGGAACCUUGAGGCUCCACAAAGGGCUACUUACCAGGUGUGGAAGGCAUUGACUGUGUGUGUGUGUGCCAUACAGCUAAAAUAAGUUAGCAAAAACAUUCCAGGGCACUUCCAGUACUAGUUCAAAUUAAAUGUUUUAAUGGAGCGUGGCAUUGAGUUGUGUUUUAUGACAUGUAGAGUAGUAUCAUGCUGCCAGUGGAUGGGUGCAGCUCCCUACCCGAUCAAUGGGCUCAUUCAUUUCUGAAAGAUUGAGAAGCGUUGCGUCGUGCCUAAGAACAGCCCUUAGCCGUAGUAUAUUGGCCAUAUUUCACAAACCCAGAGGAGCUUAUUGCUAUUAUACACUGGUUACAAACGUAAUUAGAGCAGAAAAAUUUAACGUUUUGUCAUACCCGUGGUAUACGGUCUGAUGUACCAUGGCUUUCGGCCAAUCAGAAUUCAGGGCUCAAACCACCCAGUUUAUAAUUUGAGUUAUUACACAGUCGCUAUAAAACCUGUGCAGUACUUGGAUAUACUUAUUACUUUUUGGGUCACAAAUAAUGGCACAUUAAUUUAUAUUAGUUUAAUUUUCUUUGUUUUUUAACAAAUAUAUUCAUAUUUGUCAGUGGUAUGUGCAUGUUGAACAUACAAAUCAGCUAUUUGUGUGAAACCAAAGAGCAAUGCAAUCUGCAGUAUUCUAGGGAGAUUAUAUGAAGUCAUGGAAAAAAGAAAAUGCGAUUCUACUUAUUUGACCCAGGUAUUUUAGCUGAUAUAUUUGUAAUUAUGACAAUGUUCUGAUAAUUGUAAGAUGUAAUGAUACUGAAUUGGCUCCCUCAUUCACCAUGAAGUCACAGGUAGAACGUAGUAGCAAGGUCCCUGACUGUCAACGAGGUGACUGCGGGAGUGUUAUGAAGUGGUGCGUGAUGAAGAGGUGACUGCGGGAGUGCACACGAGACCAAUUAACUUCUCUGACAGUGUUGAGGAGGUGACCGCAGGUUAGCUCACAGGGAAUCUUUCACCGCGUUAUGAAGAGGUGACUGACAAGCUGUCUGUGACCAGUUGUCCUUUAAAGGAGGAGCCCCUAUGUGCUCAGUCUGUGUGACUACACAAUACAGACACACUUUUCAGGUAUUUUCCAUGUAUAAGUUACCAAGGAGACAACUCAACAUAACUGCAACACUUUUUUGAUGCAUUUUAAAUAUAUAUUUUGCAUUUUUAUAUGAACAGUGUUAUUGUUAAUCCUGCAUGUUUUUUAAACAAAUGUAAGAAUAAAUCAUAUAUGUU